AUGUCCAACACAAACAAUAGCAAUGGAACAUUUUGGCAAGAUAGAGAAAUUAGAUUUGACUCGAAUAUUGAGGCCGGUGAUUUGAGUCUUAAAAAAGGUGAAUUUGAAAUUGAUGUUUUGGAUAAUGUAGAAGAUACCAAAGGUAAUAAUGGUGAGAAGGGAAAAUGUAUAGUAACAAACCUGAGAAUGAUUUGGAUUUGCACCAGAAAUCCUAAAAUCAAUCUUAGUAUCGGAUAUAAUACAAUGGUUAAUAUCAAAAUUCAAUCAUCAAACAGUCGUUUAAAGGGAACAAAUCAAUCCUUAUAUUUAUUGACUAAAUAUCACGGAUCAAGAUUUGAAUUCAUCUUUUCUAACAUGGUCAAGACAAAUCCCAGACUUUUUUCAACAAUUCAAGCAGUGUUUAAAGCCUAUCAAUCAAGUAAAAUGUACAGAGAAAUUAGAUUAAGAUCAGCAAUUAUUAAGAAUAAGUGCUUGGAUCUUCUUCCUAAAGAACAAAUAUAUACUUCAUUGAGUGGUGUUUGGAAUCUUAGUGCGGAUCAAGGUAACUUGGGAACCUUUAUUGUGACAAAUAUUAGAAUUGUAUGGUUUGCAGACUUGGCAGAGAACUUUAACGUCUCAAUUCCAUAUUUACAAAUUAAAUCGGUUUCGUUUAGGGAAUCCAAGUUUGGUAAAGCAUUUGUGGUGGAAACUAAUAGAACAUCAGGAAGAGAAUUUGUGUUGGGUUUUAGAGUUGAUCCAAUUGAAAAGUUUAAUGAUUUGUAUAAGGAAGUUUCUUCACUUCAUCAACUAUUCUCAAGUAAUCCAAUACUGGGUGUGGAAUAUCAAGCUGAGGAAAAACAAGCAAGCCUUGAACAAUUGAUGGUUCCAAAAACUUCAGAAACAAUGAAAUAUGUUGGUAAUAAGGAUACAUCAGAUCCAUUAGCUCCUUAUUAUGUGGAUUCUUCUGAACGAGUUGCUAACACAUCCAUCGGAUUCAGCAAUGAAUUAGGAUUGGCUUGUGAGGAAUUGAAGGAUGGAAUGACAAUUAAGAAACUCUGGCAAUGCAUUUAUAAAGUUUAA